CAUUAAGAUUCGCCAGAGACGCCAGUAGACGACUGAUCUUUAUUCUACCGGGCAGUCACUGUCACCAUGAUGGACUGGUCAAAGUACACUAUUACUCGCUGUAAUGACGAGCAAACGCUUCGCUCCCGUUCUUUCCACUUGGAAAAAUGGGGAGUCAGAUCCCAUGGGUAUACGCCAGAGCAAUACUACCGCAAAUUCGAGGUUAUGGAUGAAGAAGAGUGGGCAGUGAAUGAUGGGAUCGUACAUUGGGCUCUCGUACCCAGGUCCGAGACGUCCACCCUUGACCUCUUAUCUCACGUCGAGACGUGGCGCCGGAAGAGUCUGAUCAAGCGACCUGGCCAGACAGCACCCGAAGAGGUCGUAUCGUACGGUAUAGCCUAUGUGUAUACACCAGAAAAGCAUCAAGGACACGGGUACGGUCGACACCUUCUCCAACUCUUACACUACAUCCUCGCUCCGUUACCUACAUUACCUUCGUUCCCGACGACAUGGGGUGAUCAGCCUUCUCUCGAAGGAUUCAACGACGCCGCAUUCAGCUUCUUGUUCAGUGGUGUUGGCGAUAAGUUCUACGCCUCCUGUCGGAGAGGUGAAGGAGAUGAUAGUCUGGUUGGAUGGGUUCCCAUCCCAUUGACGAAUCGUCACUGGGACUUGAGCAAGGUGGCACAGGAGGCACAGGAGACACACGAGGCAGAUCAAACUGGCUGGAAGUGGCUGACAGUGGAAGACCUGACCGCUGUGGAGGAGGAGGCCAUUGAAGACAUGAAGCUGGAAUUGGGAAAAGACACAUCCGACAGGAUCCAGCUUGCCAUCUCCCCCGAACAAGGCUGCUUCCGUCAACAUGCUCUCCGCAAUACCCUCACUCCAUCGGGUAUCGCUAAUCCUUCCCCACCGAGACACUAUGGACUCUCCCUUCCUCCCGAUCCCCACACCAACAAGAGACCGUACAUCAUCUAUACAUUCCCCGAAAGUGCCACGGAGACCCAAGCCCUAAGGAUAUGCUACAUCAGCCAUCCAUUCCCUUGGUCUGCCGUCGUGGCGGCUGCGAAGAAGGAGAAUUGCACCCUUAUCCGAUGUUGGGGUCCAAGAGCUGGUUGGGAUGAUCACGGCGCGGAACUCAAACCCAGUGGAGGGGUUCCGGGACUGGCGGUGUAUGGGCACAACGAGGAAGAAUGUGAUUGGCGAUGGCUAGAGUUGUGAGUGAGCCAGGCAGUGAUGGUGAGUGCUUGUGCUGAAGCUGGUGGCAGGUACACUUUCUGCUGAUGGCGGUGAGGGCAAUGUGCUGUAUGAGAGAAAAAGGAGAGAAAACUGGAAGCGGUGUCCGGAGCACCCUGAAGCGGCACAGAUACAUGCUGCUGUAUACGCUCAGCAGAAAUUGGAUAUCGCACAGCUCCCGUCUCUAUACAUCGGCUCACAAGUACCAUGAAUCUGAGCGAUGAGGCAGUAGAGGAAGCCACCAUUUCUCGACCCGUGAUUCCUACAAGCCCCGACGGCUCUUUACAUUCGAGCUGCAUGACUAGCAUGAGAAGCUGAUGCCGCCUCUCAGCCGGUACUCAG